AUGCGUCUCCAACCUCGUCUACCACUUUUUCUGUCUGCUCUCUCCCUUCUUGCCACCGUCGUCGUUGCUGCCGGUGGUGACAGUCAAAACGCUGAAAGAUCGUGCACUGCCCAUGACGGUGAUACCUUCUACGACCUGAGCCCGCUACAAUCAAGUACGGACUACAGCUUUCAGGAUAGCGGGCAGGAAUUCUUCAUUAAUGUCUGCCAACCCGUCCAUCAUGACCUCUGGCAUGUCGAAGUCGACAGACCUGACAACGUCGGCGCUUUCAUACGCAACUUUGCUCGACGUGGGGACACCUCGAUAGGAGAAGUAAACACGACUUUGACCGUAAAGGAUGGUCAUCCUCUUCUUCUCCUAACGGGCGGUUCUCUGUGCCCGAACACCGAUGACAUGCGCGCCAUGACCGCCAUCCGUUUCAUUUGUGAUACCUCUGUGUUCGGCUCAGGGACUCCUUUCCUGGUAGCCCAACUACCUCCUGACGAUGAAUUGGCCUGCGCCUUCUUCAUCGAAUGGAGAACACACUAUGCAUGUCCCGCCGCGGAACGCACAGGAUUUUGGGGUGGCCUCAUUCUAACUCUCUCCAUCCUCGCAAUCAUACUCAUGAUGCUCUACUUUGUCGGCGGCACAAUGUACCGCCGUUACGUUCUCAACAUUCGCGGCUUCGACCAGCUCCCUCGCUUCUCCCUCUUCUCUCUUGGCGAUACCAUCGAGUUUAUUCAAAACGUCUGUGACCGUUUCAUUACCUCCUCGCGUUCGCAGUCUUGGACUACAAACGACUACAAUCACCACACGUCUUACCAAAGUGGACGAAGACAGCGAGGGAGCGUCGACAGACUACCCACUCUUCCCGAAGAGGAAGAAUCUUUGAUCGGUGGUGACCACGGAAAUGAUCCUACCCAUACGGAAGGCCAUCAUGCUCCGCCACCACAGCAGGUACAGCCUACUCCUGCCCCUCAAACUCAGGUGCAGCAAGGAACCCCUGAUCUUGGCCUCGGUCAUGCGAACGAUGGAGAUGCCCAGCCGCACGCCGUAGACACGCAGAACGUGAUCCAUUCGUAACAUACAAGUAGCAAAGUGGGCGCACAGAUGGAGUCGUGUCUGGGAACAUUGGAGUAUCCCAUCUUGUACCAUCCGAAUGUUUGUUUGAACUGUUCUGCCUUGAAACUAUAUCGUGUAAUCUACGUUCA